UUCCGUUAUGCUUUCUUAACCUAUUCGCCAUAGCUCGUCUAUUGUGUUCGAAUUCCCAGCUGUCAAUCUUAUGGUGGUUAUAGCGUUUUGGAUCUCUUGAAACCAACAAAGGGCAAAAUGCCAUGGAAAAGACAACAAGAGAAGUCCGAUGACUGGUUAGACCGGUCAGCAAAUCAUGACAAAGAAUGGGUGGAGCAGUAUGUAGAGAAGAGGGUGCUCGCGAGUCAAGACGAGGAGGAGAGCGGUCGAUAUUAUCACGUGUUGAGUAAGCUGGCACCGAUUGUGAAAAGGGAAUUUAUUGUCAAAAAAGCUGUGUGUGAGAUGCACCAGCUUUAUGGUGGUGCUGCUGGUGCAUGGGAUUUAAUGGUAGAUAAUGAUUGUCAAGUACUGGUGGAGAGAAUUCUGGAGAUGGUGAGCGAAGAAGAUGUGGCAGAGGAAAAAGAGAAGAUGGAGAGGGAAAAGCAGAGGCUUGCAAAAGCGGGUAUUAAGUAUGGGAGUGAUGCCAGCAGCUCUAGCGAAGUCCAAGGUGAAGCACCCCCGGACUCUCCAAAGGAGGAACAGGGUCAGGAGAGGGUACCUGACCGCGAAAAGAGAAGCCUCGAAGAUGAGACUGUUGAACAGGCGCGGAAGAAAACCUGUGAUGUUCCAGAAAAGGGCAUGCUCAGCAAAGCAGAUGGAGCAUCUUCAUCUGCUUCAGCAUUUGGGCAUAACCAGGGUGGGGUCGACCUUUUCGAGAGGCCGGCUGUCAUUUAUCAACCUCUUUAUCAACAGCUGGAGGAUACCUCUGCCCAUCAGUCUGUUAAUGGAAAGCAGCAGGAUGCAUCCAUUCGACCACCGAGUGUUCUUUCUAAACGCGCUGGUGGUGCGGCUGGUGCCCAUCAAGCUGCUGUGCGCAAGGAUGUGGGGAGGGAUUCUGCCCAGCCAUUGGGCAGGGGAAGGAAAGGUGUGACACCUGGAAUAGCUUCAAGCCGAGCAGUGGACAGGAGAGUAUUGCAGCUUGCCAAUGUACCUAAGGAGAAGGAGAACGGGCAAGGCAACGACGACGACGAUUUACCGCUCUCGCAUUUCAAGGCAAAGAUCAUGGCGGGCCGCGGAGCCGGUCAGGUGGUGCCAGGUGUUGUUGAGAGUGAUUCUCAGCGGCUGAGGACAACAGGUUCCAGUCUGACACCGAGAAAUGCGGAUGGCUCUCCUCGUGACGAGCUGCUGAUGCGGACGGCCAUGGAGCGCAAUGCAGGUGCGUCACAGAGCGGAAGGUCAAGUGUCCCGCCUGCAGUGCAUGGGAGGGGAGAAGGUGCUGCUGGGGAGAGACGUGGUGCACCAACACCUAAGCCAAGUCUGCUGACUGCGAAGGACCUCGAUCAGUUCACGGGUGUCAGAAAGGAGAGAGCCUCAGCACCUGGAAGAAAUACAACCGUAUCAGAUAAGGAGAAAACUGGCAAGGCCAAAGAAAAAGGUCCUUUCAUGGUCAGGACAGGAGGAGGAGGAUCUCAUCGACAGGGUGUGGUGCCCAUGCAAGGAGGCGGCACCAAACUUUCUACAGAACCUACGGAAAGUCCCAGUCCCAGACCAACUCCGCUUCUGGUGCCAGAUGGGCGAGAGGUUCCUCGCAGAACAGAUGCUGGAGGAGUGAGAAAUCGAGGGGGACUCGAGCCUGAGAAAGCAUCGACGCCGUUGACUGGCAGUGGUGUCGCGUCCUCUCAAAGCGACAAGAAGAGCAAAGAUCUUCACGAGUGGAGCAGCAGCUUUAAGGGUGUGCCCAUUCCAAAAACCUUUGAGCAAGAGAUUCAGUCAGGCGUUGCUCAAAAGAACAUGCAAGAGGUUCCUGACCAUCCGGACCGUCCAGAUGCGGAUAAAAGCGCAGGAGCUCUGGCAGAAUUACAGUCAGCCAGCAAAAUUCUUGAUGAGCUGAAGGAAAAAUGUGAGCAGGUGGCUCAGGAAACCCCAGACGAGAGCCAGUGUUUGGGUGUCGUAGAAGCAGCAGCCCAACAUGUGGAGAGCAGUCCCGUACGACCUAUAGACCUCCAGAAGCUAGUGGAUGAUGUGAAAGAAAGCAAUGUCUUCGAGGGCCUGGAUGAGGAUCUGGACAUAUCUGUAGGUGGUGGAGUGCUUCUGGAAGUAAAUCAGAUGUUAUCUGACCAGGUGAAGAGAAAUUUCAUGGCCUUUCACGAACCCCGUGGACUGCUCAUGGUGGUUUUCUGGAUGACUCUGACAAUCAGUGCUUUCCGCAAUUUAUGUUUUGAAAAAGAAGAACCCCUCUUGGCAAAGGAACACCCUAUACAAGCGGUUGGCAUAUGAGAUCUGUUCCUGCAACUUGCCGGUAUAUUUUCCACAUUG